ACAACACACACGUAUCGAUCAAUUGUCCUAAUAUCAGCAAAAUAACCUGCAAAACCAUGUUGUAGACCAAGUUUACCCAGCGCCGGUAAGCUAGCUACGUUUACAUGUGGGUUAAUUAGUAUAUUACAUUCCCUGCAUUUAGACUUUACCGUGAGGUAAAAACGUCUCAUUCUCCUUUGGGGUAGUUUGAGUCCGACUCUGGUCGAAUAAAACAUUUCGAGAGAAGUCCUCUAAUCGUUUUCUGAUCGUGCCCGGCAGCUCCAUGCUGUAAACUGUUCUCUGCUCCUCAGCGCAAACAUCACCGAAGAAGGAAAACAAACCCUCCUCUUCCUCAAUGCUGCCGUCGUCUCCUAGGAAACCAUGAAAUCUCGCGCUGCGCUCAAAUCUCGCACGAAAAGUGGGCUCUUCUUUUAUCCUCUUUUAUCCUCUAUUAUGUCAACUUUUUCGUCCAUUCAGGUCUGACAGAUCUAAGUUACAUUUCAGAGGAACGUGACAAUUGAAUCUGGGAAGUUUUCUCGUCGUGAGACAAAGAAAAUCAAUAACACUUUUAGUCACACCCAGUUUUGUUUCCCAAGAAAGUGAAAGUGAACUAGUGCAGUUGAGAGGAUGGCAGAGAGCUGCGGGGAACCAGGUCCUCUGUCCUGCCCAAUAUGCUUGGAUACCCUGAGGAACCCUGUGACUCUGCUUUGUGGCCACAGCUACUGUAUGGGCUGUGUUAAUGGUUUCUGGGACCAGGAGGAAAUCGGAGGUACUUUCAGCUGCCCUCAGUGUAGACACACUUUUAUCCCCAGACCUGUGUUGAACAAGAACACGGUGCUGGCUGAUUUGGUGGGAAAAAUGUCAGAGGAACAACAACCUUGCCCUCCUGAGAAGGAUGAAGACAGCCCAGGGGAUGUGGAGUGUGAUUUCUGCAGUGUGAAGAAGCUGAAAGCAGUCAAGUCUUGCCUCGUUUGCCUGGCUUCUUACUGUGCCACCCACUUGCAGCCCCACUAUGAGUCUGCUGCUUUCAAAAGGCACAAGCUUGUGGAGGUCACCGCCUGCAUUCAAGAAAAAAUCUGUUCUCAGCACGGCAAGCUGCUUGAAGUUUACUGUCGCAGUGAUGGCCAAUAUUGCCUGCUGUGUGUGAUGGAUGAGCACAAAGGUCACAACACUGUCUCAGCUGCAGCAGAGAGGAAAGAGAAACAAAAAACUUUUGGAGGAAGGAAAAAAAUCUUCCAACAAAAACUUCAAGAGAAGGAGAAGCAGCUGCUACAGCUCAUCCAGAAAGUGAAAGAACUACAGAGUUCUGCAGACAGAGCGGCCACUGAAAAUGAGAGAGCCUACACUGAAAUGGUCAAGGUGGCUGGUAAAAAGCGUAAUGCUGUGAAAGAGCUGAUCAGAGUUCAGGAGAGGGCUGCAGCUAGCCGAGCUGAGACCCUCAAAGAGCGGCUGGAGAAGGAAAUCUCUGAGCUGAGGAAGAAAGAGUAUGAACUUACUCAGCUGUCACUCACUGAGGAUCACAUUUCUUUCCUGCAGAGCUACCAGAACAUUUCUGUCAAUCUACAACCGAAUGUGUCCUCUGACUCCAACAUCCAUCUACACACAAAUUUUGACUUUGUGACGACAGCCAUUUCAGCUUUAAGAAACAUGAUGGAAAACCUGGGGAAAGCAGUUGAAGAAAUAUCUGAAACAAUCCAAGUUGAUACUGAUCCAAAGACAAGACAGGAGUUCUGCCUUUAUUCCUGCCACCUUACAUUGGAUCCCAACACACCCUUUGAAAACCUUGUUCUCUCUGAGGGAAACAGCGCUGUGACCUGGGUUAAAAAAGCCCAGAAGUAUCCAUACCACCCUGACAGAUUUACUAAGUAUGACCAGGUACUGUGCUCUGAAGGUUUAUCUGGAGUUAGCUACUUUGAGGUUGAAUGGCGAGGUCCCAGGGUUGAGCUCGCUAUGUCUUAUAAGGUGGCAGAGCUGGAUGAAAGUGGCUUUGGCUACUCUGACCAGUCUUGGUGCAUUUCCCUUUCAAAUAUGGGUUGCACCUUUUGGCACAUGGGAAUCAAAACCAAGAUAUCCAGCCGAUGCUCCUCAACUGUUGGAGUGUAUCUGAACCAUAGCACAGGUAGUUUGUGCUUUAACAGCGUGUCUGAUUCCGGUCAAAUGACCCUCCUUCACAGAGUUCAGACCACGUUCUCCCAGCCUCUGUACCCAGGGUUCAUGGUUUCCAGAGGGUCCUCCCUUAGGAUUCUGUUGCCAAAGUAAAAAAUGUGUAUUGUUACAGCUGUAUAAGUUCAGUGUCAGUGUCACUCUAUGAUCAUUUUCUGAGCACUGUCUCUCAUUACUCAUCACACUUAAAAUGUUAAUCGUCUGCCAGCAAAAAGCUGAAGAUAAUAAUAGUGUAGCAAGAUUUUUUGUGGUUUGAGUCUAUAUUCAUUUAUCCCUUAUACUGUUAUGAAUCCGUUCCAGCUGCUCCUGUUGUUUUAAGUCAACGUUGAAGUUUUAGCAAGUUGAAUAAGAUAUAAAAGAUGUUCAGAACUCCUCUAGUUUAGCCAUGUGUUUCUGUUUACCUAUGCUAAUAAUCUUUCAAAAUUGA